AUGAGUAAGCAUUAUUUCCACACCCUAGAUGAAUAUACUGAAAAUAUCAAAAGUGGUAAUUACUCACCAUUUAUUCCAUUCAGCCCGAAGUUAUCAGAAUGGACUUUACUAAUUACAGCAUUAGGAUUUAUAUUUAUGAUCAUACUCCGCUAUUUCGUUGCAGGCAUACAUACUAAAUUAAUACCGAAGGAUAAUAUUUUAUAUAGAUAUUCCAAAUCUUCAUUAUUGGAUCGACUAAAUAAAAAAUUUGAUAUAUCUAAAAAAGGUUGUGUAUAUAAAUGGAAAGAAAAUUUUUGGUUUGCCUUAUGGCACACUUUUUCUUUCAUAUAUAAUUUUGUUUUAUUGGUAUCAAUGUCUGGAUACUUAAACAAUACAAAUGGAUGGGUUAAAAUGUGUUUUAAAGAACACACUGGAAAAUGUUUGUUUUUAGUUACAGAAGAUGAAUACAAUGAUAAUAAAAAAGGAUGGCCAUAUAUGUAUUUAGAUAAUAAUGUUCAUUAUUUUUAUAUAACCCAAGUGUCUUUUUGGUUAUCAUGCCUUUUUUAUCUAAAAUAUGAAAUAAAAAGAAAGGAUUAUUAUGUAUUUAUAAUACACCAUUUAGCGACAUUAGGGUUAUUAUUAUAUUCACAAUUUUAUAAUUUAUGGAGGGCUGGAUUAUUAGUAUUAUUUCUUCACGAUAUCGUUGAUGUUUUUCUUUAUAUUUCUAAGACUAUGAAUUACUCAAAGUCAAAAUAUCAAAAACCAUUGACACUUUUUUAUUCUUUUUUUGUUUUAUCUUUUUUUUUCUUUCGUAUUAUUUUGUUUUUAUUUUAUUUAGUAAUUCCUUUAAGUGAUAUUAAUAUGAUCAAAUCAUAUACUGAUGGAUUUAUUAAUUCACAUAAUGAUGCCCCAAUGGGAUAUGUUCCAGUUGGUUUUCUCUGGAUGUUGAUGAUGAUGCAUUUUUAUUGGUUUUUCUUAAUUUUGAAGAUGACACGCAUAUAUAUCGAAAAAGCUUAUAAAUCUAGUAAAUCUGAUAUAGUAGACAUACGAAGUGAUAAUGAAGACGAAGAAGAAGAAGAAGAAGAAUUGGAAGUAAAGGAAAUUCCAAGUUAA